AGCAGCGUCUACAGCAUGGGAAAAGCAAAGAAAACCCAGAAAUAUGCAGCGAUGAAGCGAAGGAUCAGCCUGAGGGACCCGCGAAUAAACUAGCAAAAUCGAGCAAAAACAAAGAAGAAGAACGAGACGGAUCUGAGCGCUAUCAAAGAGAGAGAAGCUCCUCAGGUCCCCUCCUGCCUGUUCUUCCAGUAUAACACAAACCUCGGACCUCCCUACUAUGUUCUCGUUGACACAAACUUCAUCAACUUCUCCAUUAAAGCCAAACUGGAUCUGGUUCAUUCCAUGAUGGAUUGUCUGUAUGCCAAGUGUGUCCCCUGUAUUACGGAUUGUGUGAUGGCCGAGCUGGAGAAGUUGGGGCAGAAGUACUGAGUCGCCCUCAGAAUCGCCACGGACCCCACAUUUGAACGUCUUCCAUGCUCACACACCGGAACCUAUGCAGAUGACUGCAUUGUGCAGAGGGUCACUCAGCACAAAUGUUACAUUGUGGCCACCGUGGACCGAGGUCUAAAGAGACGGAUCCGGAAGAUUCCUGGGGUCCCAAUCAUGUACCUCUCCAACCACAGAUACAACAUAGAGCGGAUGCCGGAUGACUACGGGGCCCCUCGCUUUUAGCCCACCACAGUCUUUCCUGACUCUCAACGUGGUGGAACGGACAGUCGGUAUAAGACGGCGCAGGCGCUGAGUGGGCGAGGCUCAUGUCUGAUGUAGUUUUCACCUUGACCACUAGAUGUCAGUGUUUCAGGCCGUGAAGAAGCUGCGACCCCGGGGCCCGGCGGCCAUUGUAAUGUCUGACUAUUGUUACUGAAAUAAAUCUCUUCAUCCAGA